AUGGGCGCUGCAUCUUAUUUAGUGUGGAGAGAUGCAUCACAUGAAAAGGCGUUACUUCCUUUGGCUGUUUAUGGUGCUCAGCUUCUACUUAAUUGGUCGUGGACGCCUCUAUUUUUCGGGCAGCAUAAACUAAAAUAUGGAACAGCAGUGUGUUUAGGCAUUUUCGGUGGAGCUCUGGCAUGUGUAUACUUAUUUCGACCAAUCAAUGUUGACGCUAGUAAUCUGAUGAUUCCAUACGCACUAUGGACUGGAUUCGCGUCACUUCUUAAUGUUCGUGUUGCUAUGCUGAAUGAAGACUGUGAUUAACUGAAUGUAGAACCAAUAUCUCACUAGAUGAUAUCAUGGGAAAUCUAAAAAAGAAAAAGAAACACUAGCACAUUUUACACUGAAGCUUUUUCGAUAAGCUGAUUUCUCUUUCUCCGCUUUUCAUUUUUCUUUUUUCAACAAAAUAAGUUUUCAUAGAAAAAUUGAUAUAUCAGGGAUAAUAGUCGUCUUUUUAUAUUUUAUUUGUCAACAAAUAAAAAUGUCUGAAUUUUAUCCUUUCCUCUUGAAUGAAAAGUUUUUCUGUGUUGUUAGAAAACUCACUGGCGGUAUAAUACUUGUCUUGACUGCAUUAAUAUCGAGUCAGUUCGUACGGUAAACUUAGUUUUGUGUAACAGUUUAAGAGGGAUGAAAUUCUUAACAAAUGAAAUCAGGAACCAGAGAGAUAAAGAAUGUUCAUCUCUAGAUAAAAGAUACCAGUUUUAUGAAAAUGCUUUUCUUAUAUCCCUUUUUUCGGCCAAAAUUAUGCCGUCACUACAUAUCUGAAGCAGCACGCCAGAAGUAUGUAUCACAGUACAUGAUAAAAAGCACGUCUGUGUCGUCUAUCCUCCAACACACAAUUAGUUUGCAGAUGUCUCGAUUUUUUUUCUCAAGAUACCUUGUAAGGGUUUAUUUUAAGGGUAUGAAGAAAAUUAUUUGAAUGCGUUAGCACUUCACUUAUUUGUGAGGUUGCAUCAAUACUAAUUGACUGGUUGCUGACACGAUCUCUUGGCGCAUAUAUAUGGCUGGUUUAGCAGAAGCAUGAAACAUAGUUCCCCAUCAAAGGAUGCGUGUAAUGUCUGCUUUUCCCUACUUUACAGCUAUAAGACAUUGCUGUUGAAGAUAUAAAAUAUGGAAAGAUUUGGCAUUUCUGACUUUUGUUGUCUUCACUUGCCCUGGUGUUAGGUGGCGCAGUACACUUGAUAAGAAUGUGAUUAGGUAUAGUGUGUGUUACGUGAUGGGACAUGAAAUUAAUCAGUGAGGUUAUGAAGCUCCAACAACUGUGAUGGACCGUGACCUCUCCUCCGACGAUUCAUUUAGCUGGAGUCUUAUUUGGUUGGGGUUAGUUAUGGGAAAUGUCUUAGCACCAGUUUAUGAAGUCUUUGGUUGUUGGUUUUAGCCAUGUAGGAGGGUUUAGAUUACCCGUUUGAUAUCCUCAGAAUGCUAAUAAUCAAUUGUUGAAGACCUUGUUAUGGCUCAGAAUCGUUCACAAUAAAGCAAAUAUGUUCACCCCUUGUUAUCUUCCAGAUUCUAAAAACUUAAGCUGAUCUUCAUCUGAUUAUAGUCUCUAUCGUACUUGUUCAUGCGUUGUACUCUUGCUACAUUUUUUCCUACUUCUAUAUAUGCUUUUACCAAGCUUGGCCACCUGAACUACUACACUUUUGUGCUAAGAAAAACAAUAUGAAAUCACUGAUAGUGUGCACACUUUGAUAGUAAGUCAGUAAAUCAAGUUAUUCAUGGUGUACGAGUACAUACAGUUAUCUCCGGAUUGGUGAACACAUACACACCUGGUGUGGAAAAGCUGAAGAUAAAUCUGUUCACAGCCCAAUUGUCCUGCAUGUUAUAGAUACUUAUAAACGUCAGUAUAGUUUUUACUGUGAUACAGUGUAUGCCUAAAAACGUGCUACAAAGAGGUCUUUAGAUAACAUUAGGAGUGAACUAUAGUAUACCAUCAGCAAUGAGCAAUACACCGCCGUUACUGUGCUGUGUCAGAUACAUUAUUCUAUUAUGGGGUCGUAUUCUACUACACUGCUUAAGUUCCAUGUCAAAAUGAAAUUUAAUUGUCAGUAAUUAACCUGUUAGCAAAUAAUUCAGUUAACGUUAUCUGUUUAUGUAUGCAUAUAUCGAUUUAUUUAUGAAGUUUCGAAAUUCUUGUAUUAAUCUGUUGUCAAAUGGUUUAAUUAGGGUGGUAUGUUCAUAUGCAAUUAACUGCUAUCAUAUAUAUAUAUAUAUAUAUAUAUAUAUAUAUAUAUAUAUCAACUUAUUAAAUUUUGUAUUGUUUUCUGUCGUAUUAUUGUGUAUUAGACACUACUGCUCCGAAUUUUAUUGAUUAUUAUUAGUUUGACCUGAAUGAAUGAUACAGGUUUUGUUCUAGACUAUGAAACACGUUUGAUUCAAUAAAACUACCCUGUCAUCUAAUCCGAACUAACUCGGAUAAAAUGUAAGCUUAGACUAUAAGGUUGAUAUGAUUGAAGACUAUUGCUACAUAGUUAGAAUAUGUUUCAGGCAUUGGUGGUAUAUGAAUAAAUUUUGUGUUGUCACAGAGCAAAUCACUUACAAAAUCUUUAAAAACUAAGGGUUACAGUUAUGUUUUAAUUAUGAACUACUCAGCUCUCUGUCCUCAUAACCGCCCUAACUAUGCUUUCCAAAUAUGGACGCUGGCAGUCGGCUAUAAAGCGGAACUGUCCUCUAAUACCAUCGGUGGGUAAAUGCCACCACGCGCUACUUGGUGAAUUCGAAACAAUAAUUCUAAAUCGUUAGCAGUGUGUCGUGUGCUACUGAUAGGAUUUAUCAGUAGUAUACAUAUGCAAAGAGAGGUUGAUCGGCAUAAAAACGUCAAAAGCAGGAGAAUAAUAUUUGAUGUCAGAGAAAGCAGAUGAUAUGGCGUUGCAGGUAUACAUGGAAACGCGAAAGGAACACACAAUAUUAAGACCAGAAGUACCACAACACAGAAGAUCUGUGCAAAUGGUGAUUUGAAAAUAAGGUGUACAUAAUUUCGCCAUAUAAAGAUAUCGAUUUCCAAAUACGCAUUCCUUCACCAAGUCUCUCGUCUUCUACCGUUACACCAGUACUCCUUUCACCGACUAUUCCAUUUGGAAAUUUUUAUGCCUUGUUCCAAGCUACUUUUUUCGCUAAUCUCGCCUAGUUUUCUAGUCUGUCCCAAGCCCAAAAAAUAGGGGUAAAGAUAGGUAUGGGGCUAGCGACCCUACCCUAGAGAAUCAACUCAACCGCUACAGAAAAUUCAAAGCGCAGAAAUGAUAUGGCGAAAACAAGUUAGAAAACAGCACUUUAUUAGUAGUUCUUAAUCAGAUCCAACAGAGUUUUCAGCGACACAGAAUUAUGCAAUAGAAUGUAAAUAUGCUGUUGGACAUCUAAUGAAGCUACACUGGUAGCGAUAUGUAGCUUGAUGCUGAGUCAUAUAUAUUACUGAUUGACUAGCAUGAGUAGUUGGUGAACACCUGUCACAUCAAUCACUAGUUCUGAGCAGUCAGAUAAAAGUAAUGUAAACAUCGGACAGCCAUUUCGCUCGUUCGGGGCUGAGUUCAUCAACGUUGUGCCCGAUUUGGUUCAGCUCAGAGAGCUAAAUUAGUUCAGACUGCUUGGGUUCUAAGUAGCAACUUCGGCGACUGGAUAGCAAACACUACUGCUCGAUGAGAGUGGUGUCCAACUAUUCAUAUCAGUUAGCCGGUAGUAUAUAACGUCAUGUAUGUAUGCUUGGUUUCCUGACUGCUAUUACAUACUGUGAUGUGAAUAAUUUCUGUAUCUAAAAAGGAAACUGUGUGGUGAAAUUUCACCUCGAACUGUGUAAAUCGCAAAUAGCGAAUUGGUUUGCAAAAUGCGACUUGAUGACACUGAAAGGUUUGCUGUUAAAGAAUGCUAUUUAGCUGUAUGUGCUGAAUCAACUGAGGAUAUAUAUAUAUAUAUACACCUGGGCCAAAUAGAAAAGAAGGACUGGGAGUAUGAAAUCCAGCAUUCGAAGUUGUGCAGUUGCAUUUGACAUGUUUGUGUAAACAAUAAAUGGUGUUCGAAAUGUCUACCAGUAAACAAAAAUUUGAGAAACAUGACUAUUAACGAACAGGCUAUGGCUGGUUAAAACGUUUGUCUGUAUAGCUGUUCGAGGUUUACUUCUUCCUGCUUUCUAUCGGUACUGCAUAACCUACACAGUUCCGCAGAAUAUGUAGCUAGAUCGGAGUAAGAAGGGAGCAGUUACCGAUGAACGCCUGUUUAGUUUAUUCACGCUGGUGGGCAAAUGAAGCGGAGAAAUCUAGUCAAACACAGAAGGGUAUUCAUCGUUCAAUACUGUUCAAUAAAGAAAGAGAACCUUACAAAGCAUGAAGAAGGAUUAAUGUUUACUUGGUUACUCAUCUUGUCAUUCUGUACUCCUUAGUCACUAACCACCCACUGAAUGCCACUAGCGUUUAUAAAACGUCCUGUGUAUGUACACCUGCAAAGGCAAUAGACAGAAAGACUGCUACCUCAGAAUGGUGUAAAUACUGGAACUGUGAAGCUUAUUUCCACCACACCCCCACUUUCUUUAAAGGUAAUAAUACCUAAGUUGAUCGUGCAUCGGUGGUUCAGUAGUAGAAUACUCGCUGAUCAGGAUUCGAUCUCUGGCUGGCGCAGUUCUAAAACCGCCUAGCCCGUAUCGAAUCUGAUAUAGAGAGAAUGAUGGACGUCACUAUAAAAAAGGCAAUAAAAAUAAUACCAAUGCUACUAGAACUUCAAGACUCAAGCUUAAAGCCCUAUAUUCCAUUCGAAAAGCAAAGGAAUAAAAGAGUGAACCUAGGUUGAUUAUAGACCUAACUGAUAUACUGAAAUGGUAGUGUUCAUCUGAAUAGUGUAAACAGCCUUUACAGCUACCAAGCACAGGACGCUAGCGUUAAACAUGCACUAAUCGUCACAGAACAUAAAUUAGUCAUUACAUUUAAACAAGAUAAGCUUACAAUGCAGCUGUUUUUUUCUACAUGACUCCAAAUUGCUCUUUUCAGACUUUUGAGCUAGAUUGAAACAGAUAAAGUUAAGGAACAGUUGAAUAAAGACUGAAAAAGAGAAAGAUAAUUUAUUUAAUCAAUGACAAGUGAUGCAAAUAAACUACAGAUGGUAUUUUAAAAAAUCCAUGAGUCCAAUAAAAUUAUUACUAUAAGAAAAGAUUAGAAAACUGUCUCUAUCAAAACCAUGAUAUGACAAAUUAAUAAUACUACUUGCAUCUAGGGGAAUCCAUUGCGCGAUAUAAAAGGGAGAAAAAUAAAACAGGUUUCUGGAAAUGAUAUGAAUUAGGUUAUCACAGUAAGGCAUAACAGUCAACUCGACCUUGUACGUCACCACAAAGAAUUAUUAAGGGGUUUUCAUUGACAAUGGUAAGUUUAGUGACCUGUGCUUCAGUUGGAUAGACAGUGAUCUAUAAAAGAAAAGAAAUAUGUGUUGUCGUGAAGUUAGCAUGAAUGUAUAUUGUCAUCAUAAACUUUAAGGACGUCCUUUCUCACAGUUCAUCAUCUUAACAUGCAAACAAAUAUGUCCGUCGGUCAUAAAGUAAAUUCAGCUCUUGGAUUAUUGAAAGGGCGCGGCUGAAUAUGUUUUCAAUUGCACUCUGUCCGACUUAUGAAUGUCACAUAGAAAACAAAUUUUCACCAAGGGAAUAUAAUAAUAUCGUUUAGCAUGACAACUACCGUUUUACUACUGUUCACUAAUAAUAGUAGUAAUCAUUUCAUUUCAAAAAAUAAUUUUAAGAAGGAAUUGAAUCUUCAGUAUCUAUAUGUUACAACGAUAUGGUAAUUGUGUUAUUUUGGGAAUAAUAAGACUAGCGAUUCAUAGAAACAAAAUAAGCAACUGUUUAUUUCAAGUUUGAUCACAGACUGAUAUCAGUGAGAGAACCACUGAAAUCCAGGGAGUACUGGAUAACCGUCUCGUCCUUUUUUGAGAUUCUUCAGAAGUACGCAGCUAAUGGGGGUCGGACCCUGGGUGUUCAAUUUGUGAGAUCAAGCUCUUUGCUCAUUAGAUCAUUUGGACCAGAAUCCAGUGGCUGGUGAAUUCUAACUUCCGUCAAUCCCUACGAACUAACUCUUGAAAAUCAACUGUUUGUCCACAGAUUUUGGUGUGGUUUCGUUCUCCAAGCUUGAUGAUUUGAUUGUAAGCUUUCAUUGUUCUUCUAGAGAACAUCUUGAACACAUUUUUCAGUAUGAAGUGCACUUAUUUGAACUCUCCAUGAGUGAUAUAAUAGGGAUCAUUUGCUAAUUUGCAUUAGUAUUGAUCGUUUUUAUUGAUUUUGAAUUUGACAGUUUUGGUCAUUUGUCUCAUUCGUUACCAGUUCAUAAAAUUGAUCUAUAGUAAUGUUUCUGUUGGUUGUUUAUUCAUCUGAGUACCAGGCUUCUAAGAAUUUCUCGGCAUUUAUUUGGUAUUGCCACGGUUUAAAAUUUCUACAUUUUCCCAGUGAAAUUCAUGUCCACAGUUGUCUGCACAUUUACUGAUAUAAAAAAAUACACGGCGCGUAUUUUGAUAGCUAGUUUGUGUCCGUGGAUUCGUAGUGUCAUGGGAUGCCCAGUUUAACCAGCAUAGAUCUUAUCAUAAUUUAUGCAACUUAUUUUUUAGAUGGUGAUUAUCUUGUUUUCUUUUGUUCUGGGUCUUUUGGUUUGAGUAGUAUUGAAUGAAGUGAUUGUAUUGGUUUCUGUGUGAUAUCUAUUUCGAAUGGUUUUAGUAUUGUAACCGUUAUUUCAGAAAUAUUCUUUAUAUGGCAGGACGAAUCUCCUUUUGCUUUUUGAGGGAGGAUGUUGUGUGUCUUGCUGGAGAUACAAUUAUAUCAUUCCAGAAGAAUCCAAAUAAUUUCACUUCACAGUAAAUCUUGAGUAGAAGAUGUUGUCUGGAAGUACAAUGGAGGCUUUGUAAUUAAAUCACUCAACUCAGAGAACGCAAUCAUAUCAAAAGCGUCCACCUGAGCUACAGAUCAUCUUUGUCAUUUACAAAUUGUUAGAUACAAGUGAAGUAGCAAAGUCAUAUAAUAAGUUUUUUUCUAUGAUGGUGCCCUUUUGAUAUUCAUUACAUAAAAGUUAGCAGGUAAUCGUGAAUGCAAAUCUCAAAGUUUCUGUUGAUCACCAUCAAAAUCUAAAACCUCAACGCUAAAACAAAAUAACCAGUCAAAAAGUUACUCACGUCCAGAGUGAUUUUAUGCAAGGUUGGCUAAAAUAUAUUAUGCGAUCACUAGAAUGCUAAUAUAAAACAUCCUGAAACAGUGAUCUCACAAUUAGUCAUCUCCUCACCUGGUAGUUCUAAAUUCAACUUCACAUGUAGUUGUGUUUGUGCACUGAUGACCAACCUCGGGCUAGGAAGAAACGUCUAUCUUUGGUCUUCAAUAAUUGUUAAUACAUCAUGGAAGGGAAAUUGGAGUUAACUCAUGCCUCAAAUACUUAACUGCUUCCAACCAACUCACUGAUAAACACUGUGCAAUACUUGUGUCGUGUCUUAAUUUGAAAUUAAAUUUAAUAGAUUGUUUGCCGGAACCAGACAAAAAAACAGGAAUUCUUUUUCUAGGUGUAUCUAACCACAUUAUCUCAAUAGAGGUAGAAAUAAUUCCAAGAUGGUGAGAAGUUCACUCCAUAUCACGAUCGAAGUGAUGAAGUAAUGAAGUAACCAGACAGUUUGUUAUUUUACUAAAUACAGAAAAUUAGAAUUUAAAAUAUACAAAGAUAGUACAAGAAAUGCACAGAAUAAUUACUAUUAGGCCUACCAGUUUCCAGUGUGUUGAAACAAU